AUGUACACGUCGGGUGUUGAAGGAAUCCAACAAGAAUUCAACAUAUCAUCCAAGCUAAUUGUACUCCUUGGCCUCACUACGAAUCUUUUUGGGUUGGCGCUUGGGUCUGUUGUUCUUUCAUCAUUGUCAGAAAUAUAUGGUCGGCGUCCCGUUUAUAUCUUCUCCGUUUUCUUCUUUGGUCUUUUGAUACUACCCGUUGCCUUGGCAAAAAACAUAGAAGCCAUUCUUAUAAGUCGCUUUUUUGCGGGAUUCUUUGGUGGUACCAUGAUUGCUAGCGCCCCAGGCAGUGUCACUGAUGUGACGGAUGAACAGUAUCGUGCAUUGGCACUGAGCUGCUGGAGCCUAGGUACCAUGAAUGGGCCUGUUCUCGGCCCUAUUAUUGGUGGCUUUGUUUACCAAUAUCUUGGUUGGCGCUGGAUAAAUUGGCUUGUUUUGAUAUGCAGCGGUAUCUCACUGUGUCUGAUGUUUCUUGUGAGAGAGACUUAUGCCCCUGCUCUUCUUCGGCGGAGAGUGAAAGAAAAGAAGAAGAUCACUGGAGACCCUAGAUGGUGGUCCCGCUUCGACCACGAGGAAACAGGUUUUCAAGUUUUGAAGACCAAUUUGAUUCGACCUCUACGCAUGGCAGUUCUUGAGCCAAUUUGUGUUUUCUGGAAUAUUUAUGUUGGAAUUGUGUAUUCUGUGUUGUUUUUAUGCUUUGUUGCAUAUCCAAUCGUCUUUCAAAACACGCGAGGGUGGACCCCAGGAUUAGCUGGGUUGAGUUACUGCGGCAUCGGCACAGGCACAGCUAUCGCUGUGCUUCUAGAGCCGUUGAUCAGAAAAAUCAUCGCGUGGCACCCCUGUGAUCCAAUUACUGGUCGGCCAAACCCAGAGGCCGCAGUGAUUGCUGUUUGCAUCGGCAGCAUCUUGAUACCGAUCGGUGAGUUUUGGUUUUCGUGGACGACACAGCCAUCGGUACAUUGGAUCUGGCCUAUCUUAGCAGGUAUUCCCUUUGGAUUGGGAAACGGGUUUGUGUUUAUAUAUGCCACAAAUUACUUGGCCGGAAGUUACACUGUCUAUGCCGCUUCUGCCUUAGCCGGAAAUUCUAUCGUGCGAUAUGGGCUUGCUGGUGUUUUGCCUCUCGCAGGAGACAAGAUGUACAGUACUCUUGGUGCACAUUGGGCUGGUACAAUGCUGGCACUCAUCGAACUCGUUCUUGUUCCGAUUCCGUUCAUCUUUUACAAAUACGGCCAUCACAUUCGGUUGAGAAGUCCCAUAACUGUCAAGAGAGAUAUUAACAGCGUGUGA